AGAAUCGAAAAAGCUAAAAAGAAAGGAGAGAAUCCUUUUUGUCGUCCACGUCUACCAGUCCCUCCAAAAAAUUGGGAAGGGCUAGAUUGAGUUGGAUUUGAAUUGUGGAGGCAAAAGAAAAUUCAAAUUAGGGUAUAUCCUGAUGAUUGUCUGGUUGCUUUCAGACAGGUAAAGGUCAAAAACAGGUCUUCUUUCUUUCAUUUGAAACGCACUAAUAAUGUCUUGGCACUUCAUUUGAAACGCAGUAAUAAUGUCUUGGCACGCUUAGGUCAUAUUUGGAUUACAUCUUUUCUCAAGCUGUGUUUCAUUCAAGCGAACAUCCUUUAAGGAGGUCGAAGUUGCAGAAUAACGCACGAUUGAAGCGGCUUUAAUUGCGAUUUAUGGUCCUCUUCAUCGGAUUCUGCAGGGUGAAUGCGUAUAUGGAAUGGAACAGGUAUGUUGAAAUUCCAUUUCAGGAAAACGCAUUUUUAUGUAACUGAGGGGGAAUUCAAUGUGGGUUUUUAAUAUACGGGCGGGUGCCUUCUCAUCUCCCGAUCGUUUGGGUAUCGGAGCAGUUGGGUAUUUGAUCAUGCGUUGACUCUAUCAGGGUUCAAGGUUUAGGGUAUAAAGAUUUAAGCCUUUCAGCCCCGUUUGCCUUGUAUGGAUCCUCAUCUAUUGCGUAUAGUAUAGUGAGGAUCCAUAAACAGCCUCAACGCACGUCCACGCAAAGGAUUUCAUUUCAAGAUCAGAACAAAGGAGACUUUUAGCCAAUCUAGAGCAAAAGAGAAGAAAACAAUGGAAAGAGUGAUUAGUCCUCAGUUGAAGCAAGAACCAGAUGGAGAUCGUGAGAGCAGAAAACCAGCGAUCGAGAACUAUGUUCAACAGCUAGACAAGAAAGCCAUAGUGCAGUUUCUCGCUCGCCUGUCUGAGCUUCAAGAUGGGCAGGCUUCUGGACAACAUUCCAUUACUUGGUAUGAAGUGAUGGCUCGAGAACACGGGAAGCUUAUAAUUCCCCACAUAAGUGAUAUGAUGAGAAACGUGGUAAAGGUUUUGUCCUCAGACGCGCCCUCAUUGACCCUGCAACAGGCCUGUGCAAAGGUGGUUUCGACUUUGGCUAGGUAUACAAUUGAACCCAGCUCCUUUGAAAGACAAACCGAAGGGGUAAUCCGAGAUUUAGCAAGACCUCUACUCGAAGUUCUACUGGGUAAUGCACAGUCUUUGGCAGAAGGGGCAGCAAUGUGUUUGCAUGCUUUGGUGAACACAGAGGCAUGGAAAUUUGCACCUGAUGAUAUUGUGAAUGAGGUCUGUCUGAGAGUCGCAGGGGCAUUGGAGGAGAAAGGAACCCAAACCACAGGUCACAUGAAGUUAGUUUGUUCUUUAGCGAAGCAUAAUAGUCUAAUUCUUGAAGCCUAUGGAAGGACCCUGCUUAAGGCAGCAGAUGAUAUCCUUGUCACUGCAAAUUGGCAGCUACGUCUGCAUGCUGUGCAGAUGAUCAAUGCUCUGUUGAAAUCUGUGGAUUCUGACAUUUUAGCUUCAGAAAUUCCCAUUACUAUUACACAUAUGGAGAGAUGUAGGUCUGAUAGAAUCCCUUCGAUAAGAAACGCAGCUUCAGAAACACUUAAAAUUGCCAAGGCUAUAGCUUCUGAGAGGGGAAUGGAUGUAAACUAUGAGAGCUUUUCUAGUGAAGUGGAAAUUUCCAAUGAAGAUGUGACAUCUCAAAACAGCAACUGCUGCAGUAUUAGUGACUUUUCACAAGACACACGUAUGGAUUCUUACGGGGAUUCCCCUGUCUCUUUAUGCCAUUCUUUUAAUAGCAAACGGCAAACUCCUUCAAUAUUGGGUCCUGCUGCUGGGGCUAGAAGGUCCUGUAGUUUGCAUGGAAGCCAAGAUUACAAUUCUGAUGGUAUCGAUGAAGCUUCCUUCUCAGGGAAAAUUAGGGCUUCGUCCUUUUCCAUGCACCCUGAAAUGUCAAAUUCAAAGUCAAAAUCGCCCUACACCUUCUUGAAUCACAGAGGAAAGUAUAGCGAGUCUGGUGGGUAUUUUAUUGGAAAAUCACGAUUGAAAGAUAACAGUUUACCGGAGGGUGAUACUGAAUCUGAAAUCGAUGGUGGAACAUCUGGAAGAAAUUACUCUCGUGGAGACAUGAAGACCAGGUUGUGCAUGCUGCAACGAAGAGAGAACGGAGAUGAAUCAACCUAUGAGGAAGACUGCAUUGAGACCAAACACUUCCGGCUUAACUACAUCCAUUCUCCAUUGCCUUCUGAGGUGGGGGAAGAAGACACUGGAAGGCCAAAGAAAACAGAGUGUAUGGCAAGGACAGAUGAUAUGAAGUUGAACGAAUUUAGCCCACCAGGAGCAUGUGUUGGAUCUUUGCAAUGUCAUUCCUCCCCGCUUGUCACAAGAAGAAAAUCACAGUCCAUAACGGAGUUUACGGAUUUUACAGAUGGUAAUUAUGAUAUUUAUGAUUCAUUGAGGGUAGUAAACACUGAACAGAUGCCUGCUGCACUAAAAGGAAGGACACUGCUUGACAAACUGGAGAGUGCUGCUGAUGGAUUUUCAGAUAGAAGCAAUUCACAAGAGGGAAGUAUGCAAAACAGUUCUGUAUGGUCAGAAAGUGUGCAAAUAAGUGAUUCUUUAUCACCUACUUCUUCAGACAAUCUUUUCCAGGAUGUACUAGAUAAUGAGGAAGACUACCUGACCACUAUCCCAACUGAGCCAGAUAAACGAACUCCUAGAGUGGAUCAUAUGAAGGAAAAUUGUCAGUCAGCAGAAGUUGAUUCAAGUGAAGGUUCAGUGGAUUUUCCUGAGUUUGAAGAGAUGAGUGCAUUUCGUAGAGGCUGGACAAAAGUUGUUUACCUUAUGGAGUCAAUGUUGAGAGGGUCCUUGUGUGCUGUGCUUGCCAUUCCUGUUGCUAUGGUUGCUGUGAAGUUAUUUAGCGUGGAAGAAGAAUGUCAUGUCAUGGUUCCAACCUAAGGCAGUUUACUUUGUUGCCUUGUCGACAAUUACAAUGUUUAAAAAUGUUCAAAUGUUACUGACAAAGCAGGGAGCUGUAGUUGUAAUGGGAGGAUGCAGUUUGAUUCAAUUUGUAUUCAAAUUCUGGGUUUGCUCAUAUUCAUUUCAUGAAACCUUCUUUUGCUCAUCUCAUGGAAGGAGUUUGUACCAUCAUUUGGUUUUCUGGCUGUUGCUAGAAUGGAGUGUAUGUUGUGGGGUUAUGUGAAGCAGAAUCAUUUUCUCUGA